AUCGAUUCCGAAAGUCGAGUAUGUAAUACACAUGAGUUCGGUUUGCACGGAUCAGCUUACGCGCGUGCAGUGAUGUAAUCAUCCGAGCCACCCUCUGCUCUCUGCCAGCCAUGUAGCCCAUAUCCGCAGACAGUUGUUGAUUCAGAUUGGCUCGGCGAUGGGCAACUCUCUACUAGUCCUAUGUGGCUUUUGUUCGAGCUACCAAACGCCCCAUCGAAUUUAUAUACGCAUCUAUACAUACGUAGGCUUAUAUAUAAAAAGCGACGCACAGCUUGUGUGGACAUUAGCAUUCAAUCGGUGCGCGCGGACCGCUUAUAUUAUAUUGUGUGUGCAGCAAUGCCGCAAACCGCCAAGGUCAAAUGCUAAUGAUCAAAGGCAAUGAUGCGGGGGAUUUUGGGUCAUUCAUUGACAUCGCAAGCAGAAUUUGUGCGAGAGAGAUCGAUUAACUCAAGCAUAGCCGAAUUUGGAAGGUUUGACUCGCGAACACAAUGUCCAUGUCCGCGCACAUGAUUUCUGUCCUCUUGAAAUGGUGUCUCGCCCGAGUCUCUCGGACACGUCCGAGGCUCUUUAAUUUUCAAGAGGUCUCCCUCUGCGCUCAUUUAAAUCUAUUAUAACGAGCGAAAAAGGCUGCAUUGUGUAUAGGGGGAGGCCAUGGCUAUGCGUAAAAGGGGGGUAUUUACACUUGGUACUUUUUUUGCUGCUGCUACUGCUGCCACGUUGCUCAAGAGCGUAUACAACAGCGUGAUUCGCGCGAACAAAAGAGCACCUAACGCGCGCUCGCCUGCAGUAAUCUUAUCGACACCCCUUAUCAGUUGCAAAAAAAAACUCCUCUCGAUAUUUUGUUGUUUACCUACACGUAUGUUUCUGUAUGCGUCUAACAAAGGGGUAUUGGUCGUUUAGCUUAUACGUUCCUGGGUUUAGAGUAUUAUGCGAAUCGAAGCGGAGCCCUCUACUCGCGCCAGACUCUCUACUUUGCGUCCUUGUCUCGAGCGUGUGCACGAGUGCGUUGGCGAACAUCGCUCCGGAGAGCAAGAGAGAAAGAGACGACGACGGCGGCGGCGGCGGCGGAAGAAGAAAGGCGCACAUGCACACGACGUUAUGUACGUGUGUGUACCCGUAAGCUCUGGCUUGGACUUUGGUCGUGUCGUGUACACGCGCGAGUCUCCGCGUUUAUACAUAUUUGUGUGGGUAAGCCUUGGGUAUUGCCAAUAACAUGAGCCCGAACUGGUUUGCCAAAUAUAUAAGUGAGAGGAAGACGACAACGACGGCGGCAACGACGACGACGACGACGAGGUGGUGGUGGCGGUGAUGGUGAAGGUCGCCGUCUCAGGGGUGGUAAAAUCCAUGCACAGGACCGAGACUGCUGCUACGCCGUUCUCCCUCCGUCUGUUGCACGUAUCUUGCAAACGUGUGCUUUGAGCUGGGCAGCAGCGGCAGCAGCAUAAGCAGCUCUGCUCUCUUUCGUCCGGCUCCCUCCCUUUGCGCUCCGUCUUCGAGGCUCUCUCUCUCUCCUCUCUUCUCUGUUUGGUGGUACUACGUGGAUCUGUGUGUGUGGGGCUCUACUACUACUACUUCUAUAAUACGACACGCAUAUAUGCGAGUACGCGCGCACAUGUACACGAGGAGAGAAAGAGAGAGAAAGACUGGCUGACUGGCUGCUGGCCUGGCUCUCUUCUGCGCGCUGGCCUGGGGUGGUUCGCCUCGUCGUGCGAAUUUCAUACACACAUCCACACACAAUAUACACGGCGCGUCGUCUCUCGGCAGCACGCACAACAGCCGGCAGCGCAGCAGCGGCUGCAGCUCGUUCUUCGUCCCAGUCGCGCCAGUCGAAUUUAUGCAUCACGGCUAUGUAGGCACGAGAGCCGCGACUCGGCACCCUGGCGGCAACAAAAUUCAAGCACCCAUAGUACCAACGACAGCGGAGCAGCGGCGCGCGCUAGAACAGCAGCGGCACAGCAGUGACAACGCAACUACUUUAGCUGAUAGCAUAAGCGAUCGUGCCGAUAGUGACAAAGCUGCUAGUGGCAACGGCGACGACGACUCAUCACUACUACUAAUUCUCUCUCUCCCGCGUCCGCCAAACGCUAAUCGUCGUGACGACCUGCGCUACUACGACCCGGCUACCUUAUUAUCCAGAGUGACAAAACAAAGAAGCGAAUAAUAAUAAGUGCGCCGCGACGAUGAUUCAAGUUAAUUUUUAAGUUAGUUCGGUUAUUGAUAGUUGUUCUCGUUGAUCAAGCUCCUAGUGUAUCAAGAAAAGUUGAUUAUUGCCGAUAAAGUUCGACCCUAAGUGAAUUAAUCUCAUCUGAAGAGGAGAGUGGUGUGCUUGUAUGAAGCUGGAAAAAUUGCAAUAUCGAGUAUUGAGUUCAUAACCGUGUGCGACUUUCACACUCUCCUCCGAAUAUUUUUUACUUCGACAUAAGUGAUUUAUUUUUAUUGUAAUAAUGAGCGAUUUCGCGAGUGCUUGCAAGAAUAUCAUGAAAUUUGUUCGAUUCAUCGGCUGCUCGUUGACAUCCAACGAGUGAGGAAGCAACUACCACUACCUACUGACUUCAAGAGCGAAGAGCCAAGAGUCAAGACGACCAUCAACGGCGUGAAAAUCAUCAUCAUCGAGGACAUCGACAUAGCCGACGACAUCAACUACAGCAGUAAUCAUCAGCAGAGGUGCUACAGCCAAGCGAAGAUUCGACAACGCAACAAGAAGCGCCGACGAAAGAAGAUACGAAAAUUAUCAAGAACGUAACAUUUAUUGUUUUUAAGUGCGAAAAUAAGUGUAAACGAAAUCCAUUGAGAAUUUCACGUCGAUCAAUUUGUUGUCAAUUUUAGUAUCAGUAAUUAUUAUUGUUUUCCCCCGUAAUAUCUAUCGAGUGUUAAGUUUAAUCUGUGUGUGUUAAUCUGUGUGUUACAAAGAGCAACCGACUAUUGCAUUACUUGACAAUCUUGUUCAACAAAAAAAAAGAAAAAAAAUAGAAAAAAUAAUCAUCGUUAGUUUUUACCGACAACUUAAGAGACUUUGAAGCAUAAGAAAAGAGAUCGACAAAAAGCUCGCGCGCGCGUGUAACAAAAGUGCGACAAGUCCCGAGAUUUAACCCGAAGUCAUCAGCUUAAUCAUCAAGUACGUUGGCUAUUAGUAGGCGGAUGGCAGACGAGAACUGGUUGAGUCCGGGUUAAACAUAAGGAACAACAACGAAAAAAAGAUAUGGCAGAGGGGAACGGGGAAAUAAAAGGUGAGGACAACAAAUCCAAGGAGGAGAUGGAUUACGUUGAGCGCACCGAAGAUCACUCCAAGCUCAUACAGUAUGGCCUCAACGAGAAGGUCGCCGGUAAGCUCGACGAGAUCUACAAGACCGGGAAACUCGCCCACGUCGAUCUUGAUGAGCGAGCACUGGACGCGCUCAAAGAAUUCCCGGUCGAAGGUGCCCUCAACGUGCUCACCCAAUUCCUCGAGUCCAAUCUCGAGCAUGUGUCCAACAAGUCGGCGUAUCUCUGCGGCGUCAUGAAGACCUACAGACAAAAGAGCCGCGCCGGACAGAGUACAGGUAGUACCAACACGACGCCCAAAGCACCCGAUGAGGAUAAAAUCAAGCUCAUACUGGAAAGAACAGGCUAUCCACUGGAUGUCACCACUGGUCAAAGGAAGUAUGGAGGUCCGCCACCAAAUUGGGAAGGCCCCAUUCCUGGCAUCGGAUGUGAAGUUUUUUGCGGUAAGAUCCCCAAAGACAUGUACGAGGAUGAGCUGAUACCUUUGUUCGAAAAGUGCGGCAAAAUCUGGGAUCUCAGGUUAAUGAUGGAUCCCAUGACGGGCACAAAUAGAGGAUACGCCUUUAUCACAUUUACAAAUAGGGAAGCAGCGCAGCAAGCUGUCAGAGAGCUAAAUGAUUAUGAGAUUCGAAAAGGGAAAAAGAUUGGUGUUACCAUAUCUUAUAACAAUCACCGCUUGUUUGUGGGAAAUAUUCCAAAGAAUCGAGACCGAGAUGACUUGUUUGAAGAAUUUACAAAACAUGCACCCGGUUUGACGGAGGUCAUUAUCUACAGUUCACCAGAUGACAAGAAAAAAAACAGAGGCUUUUGCUUUCUGGAAUACGAGUCUCACAAAGCAGCUUCGCUGGCUAAAAGAAGGCUCGGUACCGGCCGCAUGAAGGUUUGGGGCUGUGACAUCAUAGUCGACUGGGCUGAUCCUCAAGAAGAACCAGACGAACAAACUAUGUCAAAAGUACGAGUGUUAUAUGUGAGAAAUUUAACGCAAGAUUGUUCCGAGGAAAAACUAAAAGAAUGCUUCGAACAACAUGGCAAAAUCGAAAGGGUGAAAAAGAUCAAGGAUUAUGCUUUUAUACACUUUGAAGAUAGAGAUUGUGCUGUUAAGGCGAUGCGAGAGUUAAAUAACAAAGAAAUGGGCGGUUCUCACAUAGAAGUAUCGCUAGCAAAACCUCCAUCCGACAAAAAGAAAAAAGAAGAAAUGCUGCGUGCGCGAGAGCGUAGAAUGAUGCAAAUGAUGCAGAUGAUGCAAAACCGUGGAGGGUACGAAAAUGCCUUAGGAUCUCCUUCGCAUCCGGGUUUAAUUGCUGGUCCAAUGCCUGUGCGUGGACCUGGACAGGGCCCUCGAGGCACUGGCGCAGGUAUGCGUGGACUGUCGCGGACCGACACUUACGAUUAUGAUUACGAGUAUUACGGUUACGGCGAUUAUCGAGGUGCCUACAAUGAUCCAUAUUACGAUGACUAUUAUCGAUACGAGGAUUACUAUUUUGAUUACGCGCCGCCUCCACCGCCUGCCAGAGGGAGAGGCAGGCAGCCUCAACCGGCUGGACGUGGCCGUGGAGUGGCGGCGGCGGCACGUGGCCGGGUCGGUGGCCCCCAAGCACGUGGGCCAGUUCGGGGGGUGCGCAACCCCGCAGCUUCAGGGGCCCGUGGGGACCAACGGCCAACCGCUCGUGGGGGGGUGGUCCGCGCCAAGGGAAGUUUACCAGGUGAGGAUGCAGGUAAGCGAAAGUUUGACGGGGGUCACCAGAACCAGGGGGAAUCUAAACGUCGCUUCCAGAGCAGCUGGGGGAACCAGCCCCUUGCCCAGCAACCAUUGGGCAACGCGUACGCAAUGGCGGUGAACGGCGGCGGAGGCGGCGGCGGCGGUCCGGUUAACGAACGUGGCGGCGGCAGCACAGACGACGAGUGGUACCAGGACUCGUAUCAGUCCUGGAGCUAACUUGCUUCCAAUACUCCCAGCAACAGUAAUAAUAAAAGUACCGAUGGUCCAGUCGUGGAGCAGUAGCAGCCACCACUACCAGACAGAGAUCGAACCAGAUCGUUAUCAUCACCAUUUACAAUAUCAGCAGCAUCACCAUUACUACUACUACUUCAACUACUAUUACUAUUACCGUCAGCAUUAUUAUGUAAUCGCCAUCAUCAACUUCAUCGUCAUGUUCAUGUUCAUCAGCAUCAACUUAUUACAAAGACUAGCAGCAUCUCCACCACUACCACCACCACUUUUCUACAACCGGAUCCGUACGUUAAUUGUUGUUGCAACUGUAAUAUUACUUUGCCGCGACGCUCUCCGGCGACGUUGUCCUGUCCUCCCGGCGAGACGAUUAUUAUUCGCCGCGAAGCUCAACUCGAAAGAGGCGUUACUGUUUAUAUUCGAUUCGUCAAGGCAGCUCGCGAAAGUCGGAUAGAGAAAGAAGAGUCUCGCUCGGGACGAUCGGCCCGCGCCCGAUUUAACCGGAGAUUUGCGCGCGCGCGCCAAGUGCAAGAGUGAUGAUAAUUUUUAAGGCGAUGCAAGUGCAAAUGCGUGUGCGUGUGAAAAGAAGUUGUGCGAGUGAGAUCGUGCGUGAGUAGUUCGCUACGCGAGAACUAGUGCGAGUCUUCGUUUUAUAUUACAUAUAUUACAUAUACAUAUAGAGCAAAGAGAGAAUGUGCAAAAUGAUGAAAAAAAAAGAUACGCGCGAGUAAUUUGUUGUUUUUGUAUAUCAAAGAUAUGUGGUGCGAUUGAGCGUAUGCGUGCGUGACAUGUAUGAAAGGUUUUUUUUAAUUUGAAAACACACGUUGAUGUUGCUGAGCGAAAGAGAAGUUAUAGUUCUUUAGGCGAAGGGAGAAACAAAUGGGAGGGAGAGAGAGAAAGAGAGUAAAUUUAAAGAAAACACAAAGAUAACAAAUGAAGUAUGAAAACAAUUAAUAGCAGAGUUUUAUAUGAGAAAAUAUAAUAGUAGUAUGACGCCACCACCUUCGCCCCACUGUUGUUGUGAUUUUUUUUUUCGGUGAAAAAAUUAUGUACAGUGAUAUUAGCCACUGGGACUAUUAUUGCGAUCGCAGUGACCGCUGACCCCGUACUAAUUAAUAUAUAUUUACACACGAUAUAUCAUAUAUAUAUUUAACAAAUUUAUUAAGUAUAUAUAUAUGAAAAACCACAAACUGCAUUGUCACGUUCGUUUGAAAAAUACUGCCGAGCAAAGAUGUACACGGUUCGUAUACAAAGGGAUUGAUAAUACAGAAUAUAUUAACAGAGAGAAAUAAUAAUAAAUAAUAACUGAAAAGCGCGACACGCUGACGAUUUUUUUCCAGAAUGAUAUAAUAUAUUUUUUGUGAAGACUCGUUACAGUUGUAUUACAGAAAUAUGAUAAUCGUUUAAUAACGCGGCAGCAAAGUUAAUCAUAACUCGUUUCAAAGCACACGCGCGCGCGAAACAGUUAAUUAAUAGACGACAAGCAUAACAAAACAAAACAAAAAAAAAAUAAUAAGAUAAGCGGUCAUCGCUUGAACAAUUUUUCAGAAAAUUCGUGCAACAAGAAGUACUAGUACAAGCGGUCGUACCUGAAAGAUGAAUUAUUAUUACUACAUCACUUACGCGUUUUUUACAAACACAUUAUUAUUCGGAAACUUUCAAUUUUAGCUUAUGCUUUUGUUUUGAAAAAAUAUUUUCUAUUCUAUGAAAAAUCACUUUAAGAGAAAAAUCGCUCGCGCGUAGUUGUGUAUAGUAAAUUCACGUAUAAACGAAGACGCGAGUGCAAGAUUAAUAUUCCAUAAUCUAUCUAUAUCAAUAUAAAACAGAAACGAGCAGAGUGUAAUAAAAAAAGCAAGGCAGACAGUUUUGAUAAACGGAGCGAGAUAAAGCAGGAAUGGAUGUAAACGCGCGGAAAUAAUGCCAGACGAUUUUCUCGAGUGUCCCCUCGUUCCCCCAGCGGGAGAUUCGUGGAAAUCAAAGUGUCGUAGGAGAAUUUACGGGGUUGAGCAAGGAUUAUAAGUUCCAUCUUUUUCUUUUGUUUACGUUUACUUCAAAAGAAAUUAUUUUCUGCUUCUAACACAUAAUGUAAACAUCAAUUCUGAAAAACCGAUAAAUUAAUUGCCAAAAAAUUAGUUGUAUUAAGUGGAUUUUGUUCAAUGCAAUAACUCUGGGUGAACGAAAAUGACCAAACCUCAUUUGCAAAUCACACGAAUUUAUGAUCUCUCAGCCUAGUUUAAUUUUCCUCUCAACACGUGUAAGUUUCUGCGCGAUAAAUGCAAGUUUUUGGCGAUAGGUUCGACAUUUAGGGCGCGAAUAUAAAUAUAUAUUUACGUUUUAUUACGAAAGAUUAAAAAAUUACAGAGCAAGAGAACUCUAAGUUCGAAAAAUAUAAUGAAAAAUAAAUAGAUGUUCGGAAAAAGCGUUUAGUGCGGUCAAUGAUUGACAAAAUAUAAUGAUAAGAAAAUAAAACCGAGUGACACUUUAAAAUGUGUUCAUCUCGUAUGUGUAAUAACGUAUGCGUGAAGCGCGCCAAGCGCGGUUUAGACCUUCUAUUGUUGGUCUAUAAAUGUGUACAGUCAGUGAAACUAUUAUUAUUAAGGGUCAGACGAUUAUAAAGUAUAGAAAAAAAGCGCGAUAAAGUUUUUGUGCGUUUAAAUAAGAGAAAUAAAAAAAAUAUAGAGUCGUGCGGUCGGGAUAAAAGAGCGGAUCUAUCGAAAACGAUAUAAGAGUAAUGAUAUUAGAGCGAUAUGACCGAGCGUGCGACGCUCGAAUCGAGUUUUAGUCGUCUCUGCGAACGGUGUCUCCGCGGGGUUCGUUCGAUGGUGUUUGUUCAUAGAUGUUUUUUUUUUCAUUUUUUUUUUAUUUUAUGAAAAAAAAAUUGUAUAGGACUGAAUAGAAUGAAGGAAUAUAGUACGGCAUUGAAGGAAGCUCCGCAAAGACACGACGCCUUUGCUGGAGACCCAGAGAUCGGAUACGGUUUGUUGUUUUUCUUAGUUGGCUUGGAAAGAGGUACGACUUAAUAUGAGAGAGGCGGAAAGGCGGAAAACCCACUUGUACAGUAAAAACAAACCUUUUUUCAUUCCAAAUGAAAAAAGUUAUGAGAAAAAGACUCAAAUCGAAAAACGGCACGCAGCACCCAAGUUAUGGAAAAAAUUUGUUUUUCAAAAUUAUUGAUUUUUGAUAUUUAGUAUUUUAAAAGAAAGUAUAUAUUCAUAUUACAUUUUUGGCAUUUUCGCGUACGAAUGAAUGUUAAUUUUUCAAUUGUUGAUGAAAAAAAAUUCUCUGAACGCGUUUCUUUCGGUAGAAAACACGGCCAAGAAGAGUUUGUUUAGAAAAGAUUCGCGAUAGAUUGGCUCAGGCAUCAGUAUGAUGGAAGUAACAAACAAUAAGAUAGAGACAGAAGCAGACUUGACGGACGGUGCGCCAUCGAGUUUCUAUAAAAAUUUGAUAGUGGCAUCAAAAGAAUUCAUUUUACAUCGGUUUGAGCAACAAAAAUUGAAAUAAACAAAAAGUUUUGGCAAAUAAAAAUUUCAAAUUUCGGCAAUGCUUUACAUGUAAAAUAUGACUCGAAGAGAAUAACAAAAAAAAAAGUACUUCUCUGGACAAAAAAGACAAAAAAAGUAGUUAUUUCGAUGCACACCUCUACACAGUAGGCGAGAAGAAGUAUACAAUUGUAAGAGAGAACGGAAAGCGCGAGAAGGACAAUUACGGAGCGAUUAAUACGGAAUAAUAAAUCAAUUAGAUAAUAGGCGAUAAAAGACAGGACUUUAUUAACAAGAACAAUAACAAAUCAUACCAAGUCGAUUAAUUAUGAUUUUCAGAAUGAUAAAGAAACACGCCAUACGCAAACUUCUUUUCCAGAUUCGUUUCGCUGAUCGGAAAAAUAAUUUGGUCUUAUCAGAAAACAGUUUACUCAAUGCAGUUGAUCUCUCUCGAUUUGCCACGGGAUAGUUCGUUGUUUCAGGCUGUAAUUUUUUGCCACUUAUUAUUUUGAAGAAUUAACGUCGCUCAUAGUAAAUGAUAUUUCGACUUCAAUAUUAUAGAAAAUUGCUUAUUUGGAAUAAGGUAUAAACACUUAAAACGGUUAAAUAUGCUAAAAUUUUUAAAUAUUUUUGAAUUUAUCUUUAUCAAAAUAUAAUUUUUCUUUCAUUUACAUAAAAUCAUCGCAAGCAUACAAAAAUAGAAGUAAUUUUUUUAUACAGAUCAAAAUUCAUUUCAAAUUGAGAUACCUUACUUCAUGUAGCAUUCUGUUUAUAGACUUUCAAACAUUAAUAAAAAUUCAGAUUUGCAACAAUUCGCGACUUGACAAUUUGAUAAGCAAAUGAAAGAAUAAAAAUGAGCGAGUGAGCAGCAGUACGUAAAUUCGUUUGAUGAAGACAAAAUAAUGACGCGAACCAUACAGAAUGAUCGUGAAAAUAAUUAAUCUAGCAAGAAGGAAAAAAUAUCGCAAAAAAGCAUGUUAACACCCAAUACACACUCACAUGUACACAGCCAAUUUUUUUAGUGUUGAGACUCGUUGUUAUUGUUAGCCUGUUAGUUAAUUAGUAAGAGUUGUAAGUGCGGGCUGUAGUUGGUCCCUUGUCCCUGGAGAGCCUAGACGCGCCCUCCCCCUGUUCUGGAGAUUAUCUGCGUUUACUGAAGCUUCAAUGUUUUUUAUUAUUAUUACAAUUUUUCAGUUAAUUUGAUUUUUUUAUAAAUUUUUUCAAAACAUGAUAAUUGAUUAAAUUUUUAGAAAGCAUGUUACAAUGUUAAUGAUCUUGGUUAUUGAUGAUAAUAAUAAUGAAAAUGUUAACACUUACCGUGGUUAUAUACAAUUAAAAGCAACAAUAAGAUAUGGAAAAUAAAGUAAACAAAAAGACACGAUAUAGGCGUGAACUUUCAUUUUGCAUACUAAAUUUUCUUUUCUGUUACAAUUUGGAUUAAAAAACUGAAGUGAUGAGAAACUACCGCAUAAUUAAUUGAACAAUAGAUUAUAACAGUUGAAGAAAUUUACGCGAUCAUAAUAUUAAACCGACCUUUAACAAAAUAAUACAAAACCAUCACCGACAGCACACUCAAUAGGCAUAAAAUAGGAAAGAUUUACUGGAUACCCCCCGGAAAACAAUUCAUUUAAUUGAUAAUAAACAGCAACUUACAGGAUAGUUAGAAAUAUUUACUUGCAGAAUCACUUGGUAAACAAAAAAAAUGAUAAAAAAAAUAAAUAAGAUGAAACCCCCCUCACCCCACCUUCUUAGUAUUUGCAUGCACACAGUUUUUUCUCAGCAUUAUCGAAAGAGAAUAAAAACAAAACGAAUACAUUAUCAUGAGUAAACGAUGAUGAUUUUUCUACAUCAAGCGCAUAUGUCAGCUAAAGAUGCAGCAAAAAUAAAAAUAAAAAGCUAAAAGCACGAGACAUUACGAUUUAAAACGAGAUUGUCGAGUAAUCGAGGAAAAAGGAAUCGAGACCAUUAAAAUGUGGAGACAUGAACGACUAAAGUCGGUAAAAACUAAGCAAAAUAUAAACGAACAUGCGAUGUUUAUGAAUUAAAAUAAAAAAUCUUAAAAAUGUUGAACAUUGAAAAGGGGAACACGCAAGAGUCGUGGUUUUUUAGAAAAUAAAAAUUGACAAGAUGAAGAAAUGCGAAAUGUAAAGAUCGGAGAAAACGACCUUAAAGUGUCUUGACACGCAAAGAUCGCUGUUGCUCGCGAAGCCUCUUUAAUUAUUUAUGAGCAUAUUUUGUUAAUCUUUAUUCACGUUUUUUGUACUAGGACUAAUAUUAUUUCUUCCCUCGCGAACGUCGAGCGUGCGAGUUAUAUGUUCAUUUUUAAUUUUUCUAUUAAUAAAAGUAAAUUUAAUGAAAAAAAGCAACAAAAAAAGGAAGAAUAAGGAUUCACGCGUGCUCGACGGUCGCGUAGCUAGGUAAUCGCAUUCUAGUAGUUUUUAAUGAUGUUUAAAAAGUUAUAUCGAGAUCCCCCAAUCUCCCUUUUUCUUUUUUUAAGAUAUAAUCGAUACAUCGACACUCGAACGGCCGAAACAUCGAAAGAGCAGGCAAAAAAAAGUUAAAAUAAAACAUUGUGGAAACGACGAUGAAUUCGAAUUGAUUGUAACGCUAAAGCUUAAAGUUUAUAAUAGGCAAUAGACAUAACAAAAUAAUAACAAAAAAUUAUGGUAUAAACAUUUAUUAAGUCAAUAUUAAGCAGUUAAAAUCGAUUUUUCGAAAAGGGAAAGAGGAAGCGUACAGAGGGAAACGGGAAAACUAAACGCGGAGAACAUUGUUGAGCGUGUAAAAGAUUCAUGUUAUAUGAGAAGGAGAGUGAAAUGGGAAAUUUCUGACCCAGCCCACACAUCAUCAAAACAGAAUAAAAAAUUCUGAUAGCAAAAUUUCUUAUUAGACUUUAAAAACAAUAUAAUUACUGAAAAUAUAUGGCUACUGAAAAUAGGCGUGACAUUUUUUUUUACGUUUUUUUGGACAAUCGAAAUGAUUUAUUCCCAUCUCAUCUCUUUCAAUAUAUAAUCUGUAAAUUUUCAGUUAACAUUCAUCCAGUCCUUCCUGAAUUUCCUUAACUCCUUCCAAUCUUACAUUGUUCCGCCUACAAGAAUAAGAGGAGAAAAAAUUCCCUAAUCCCUUUAUUAUCCUAUUUAUAUAAAAGCAUAAUAUUCGAGGAUAUGUAAUAUUAAUAUUAACACAAUACAAUAAGGAUGAAUAUUCGCUAAUAUCAUACUGAGUGGGUUUUUGUGAAAUGAUAAUAUUCCAAUAUUAAAAAAAAAUAUUUAAAAAAAUUCUGGUCUUUGUCCGAGAUUGAGAGAUGAAAAGGCGCAAGAGUGACAGAUGAAAAUGAGAAUAGUCGGGAGAAACAUCGGAGCGGAAAAAUAAAAAAUGGUAGUAAUUCUUUCAUUGAAAUUACGCGUACAUUCGACUACGAAUGUAAUUAUGUAUGCAAAAUCAUUUUUGAGCUAAAUUAACAUGUAAUAAUUGUAACGAAAAAAUUAACUUUCGAAAUUUAAGAUGUAUUGAUAUUGAUAUGAAUAAGGCAAAAAAAAAUUUUAAAAUUAAAAAUUUAAUAACGGUGUGUGUCGAUGCUGCGAUAAGACAAAGCGAUGACGUUAGUUAAGUGGAACAGAAGCGCGUGAGAACGAGAAAGAAAGAAAGAAAGGCAGAAAGAAAGGCAGAACGAAAGAAAGAACGAAAGAAAGGAAGAAAGAAAGAGAGUGAGAAAGAAAGAAAGAUUGCAAUUGGAGCGAGAAAAUUUGGGAAAGAGCGUGCGAGAGUGCUUUUUCGAUAAAAGUAAAGAAAAUUUGCAUCAAGAGAAACAAAAUUUUUUUGUACAUCAAAAUCGUUUGAAAUUUUUAUAUGAUUCUAUUGAUUAAUUCUAAAUUAAGAUACCGUUUUUUUCAAAAAGAAACGUACUACUUGUGAUUGGCGAAAUGUGAUUUCGUGACUUUUGUAAAAUUGCGCUCAAAAUUUUUUUUUGAGAAAAAAAGCAGAAAGCGUCUAAAAAGUUAUUUAUAUAUUUAUUAUUAUACUAUUGGUUAUUAAUCGUUAUGAAAUAAAAGUUGCAAAAAAAGAGAGAAAUUAUGAGAAAUUCUGACUCAAUGUAUACUGUACUGGUUAUAAAAAAAAUGAAGUGAAGUUUAGUAAAAAAAAAGCGUGAGAGAUAGAGAGAAAGAGCAAGAGAGAUUGCAGAGUGAGAAUGGUUAUUUGUUUUUAAGAUCGGAAAAAGGUAGGAAGAAAGAAUGAGAAUGAGCUUGCGGGAGGGGCAAAGAUAUAAAAAAAGAGCAGAGCAGUGCAUCGCGCGCGUUGAUGAAUGAUUCGUCGCUUUUCGAUAUCUUUUUACGCAAACCACCGAAUUGAAAAAUAAAAAGAGGAAAAGAAAAAUACAAAACGCAGAACAUCACGUUUUUUCUUCUCAUGAUUGACGAUGAUAAAUUCCAUCGCACGCGGGUAUUGCGCCUGGCGAUGGCGGAGGCAGUUCACGGUGACACGAGACUUUAGACUGAAUCAUUAUAUAAGUACUAGCGUCAAACGUUAAUCGUGUUUUGUCAUAUAAAAAAUGAAAAAGAAUCUACGAAACGAAAAAGAGAAAAAAGAAAUAAGCGAAUAUAUGUUGUGAACGAUCGGCCCGCAUGCGCGAUCUCGAGCUAUAAACCCGAUUAUAUUAUUAUAAGGCUCCUUUCAUUCCCCCCUCGAGCGCCCCUCGGAGAAAGCGAGCCGCUCCUCUCGUAUCUAUACACAUAUAUACAUAUAUUUAUUUUCACAUGCAUAUAUAUAUAUGUGCGUAUAAUUAGGGAAAAUUCAAAUUUUCAUCUUGCUAAUCACGUCCGGGUCUCCCCCCUUAUUAAUUGUUCUUGUUGUGCGCGCGUCAGAACGCGCCCUAUAUUGACCCUGUUUAUAUUAUUAUUAUUAUUAUAUUAUUAUUAUUACUUAUUAUUAAUUAUAUAAUUAUUAUUAUAAUAUUAUUAUAUAUUGUUUGUAUUUGCGCAUGUGCGAAAAAGAUGGCAAAGAAAAUUAUUUCUGUAUAAAUAUUAGAGAGCGGGGAGGCUCGUCGCGCGGAGCGGUUAUGUGAUGUGACAAUCGGAUCGAACAAUAAGUUUCACACGACUUUUGUCUCUAUCAGCGAAUUGUAAAAAAGCGUCGCUCGUUUUUUUGUUAGUUUGUUUUCAGCCGAGGGCCGCUUGGCGAUGGGAUAUAAAAGGUAGCCGCCGCGUACGUUUGUUUGUUAAAUAAUAAUCGAACAUAUAAUUAAUUGAGAAAAAAAAUACUAAGAAAUUUGAUGAUUAAGCUAUCAGCACGCCUCAGCCUGCUCUGAUGAGCGUGACGCGGGUUACACUUUUUCUUUAUCUAGUUGUCCUCUUUUUUUAUAAUAUGUUCUUUCUUUUUUAGGAAUUGUAUAAAAUAUUUAAAAAAAAAAUGUCUAAUAAUAAAAAGUUGUGUAAUGGUAUACGCAGGCACUGUGCGCUGGCUAAGCCGUUGGCCCAUUGAAUUUGUUUGUUUGCCCCGCGAUUAAUUUCACGCGAACUGCGACACACAAGCACAAAUAAUCAGUUUACAUGAAUCGUAUGGAAAGGCAUAUUCGGGAUAUUUUAUAUUGUAUAAAUUUCAUGGUACCGUACUGGCAAAACAAAAUCAUGAAUGUGGAAAAAAAUUUAUUUCAUUAUUUUUUUGUUUUAAUUUUUGUAAAAAAAAAUUACUCUCAGUUUGCGAAAAUUAUACGCGAGAUAUUCGAGAAAAGCGAAAAGACACGAUUGGUAUUUGAAAAAAACCUCUCCUUUUUUGUAAGUAAGCGCUCUAAGCGCGCAAUUGGUUUUUAUAUGAAAUGAAAAAAAAGAAAAUUAAAAAAAAUAUUUGCCGUGGGCCCGUUGACACGAAAUGUAUUAACGUUGAUAUUUUUUAGCAUGCGAAGGCGUGCGUUUUUUUUAAUUAUAUAUAAAUAUAUUAUAUAUAUUAUAUUCCUGCGGAUAUGCAUUUUUUGUGAAGUGAUAUGUUAUUAUUUAGCAGUAUAUAAUUAGUGAUGAUUUAUACGAGAGAGCGAGCGAGAGUUUAGAAUGGCAGUGUGAGAGAGAGUAAGCAUGAAUGAAUCGACAAAUAAUAUUGAAUA